AUGAUGAUUGAAAAACAUGAGGAUCACUGUCUCAAAAGCUGUAGUGUUCAUUCAUAUAUAAGAAAGAAUUGGCUUGGAUCCAUUGUCUUCCCUUUUUCUGCUCUUCUGCAACAAUCUGAGUUUUUAGAUCAAACAGAGGUCUUGCAGAGAGCACAGAUUUUUAAGAAGAAUUGUAAGGCAAUCUUUCCCAACCGAAGAAUCAUAACUACUGUUUUUAAUGAUGAAGGGAUACAGUUCUUAGUCACAAGAUAUAUUAAGGCAUUAAAUCCACCUCAGCAACUUCUGGACAUAUUUCUUCACAAUUCUAAUGCAACACUUGACCUCAUUGCUCGAUUUGUAUCUUUGAUUCCUUUUAUGCCUAAUACACCAGAUGAAAAUGAUGGUUCUGAUAUAUGGAUGACAUCGGAGCGCUGCAUCAGUUUGGCUAUUGGAAAUAAGGAGGAGCAUGCCAUCCUUCUCUGUAAUUUCUUUCUGUAUUUUGGAAAGAAGGCACUGGUCCUCUUGGGAACUUCAGGGUUAGAAGGACAUGUGGCUUAUGUAUUAACUCAAGAAACUAAUGAGUAUUUGCUUUGGAAUCCAUCAACUGGCCAGUGUUAUAAGCAGUUUGACCCAUUUUGUCCCUUAAAAAGUGUAGAUUGUUUGUUUGAUGAUAGAAAUGUCUGGUUUAAUAUUCAACAAAGUAAUACACCAAUGGCUGUAUUUUUUGACUACUCAAAGGAAAGUUUCUGGAAGCCAUUGCUUCCAAAAAAUGUUCAAGGGACAAAAGUACAAAGCAUACAGCCUGAAGAAAUAAUUUAUUUUGAAACUGAUAAAAGCAUGGUAGAAGAUCUAAGGAAUAGGAUCGAAAGGACUCUGAAGAGUAAAGUGAUGGAAUGGCGACCUAAACACCCAACACGUUGGAAUCGACAAUGUACUUUGAUUUUGCGACAGAUCCUUCCUAAGCUGGAACUUGGCAUAGGAAGCUUUGUUUCUUCUGAAGGAGAUAAUGAAUUUGAAAGAAUACUACAAUUUUAUUGGGUCACGGGAUUUCCCAUCCAGAUGCCAUACACUGAUGUACAGUCAGUUAUUGAUGCUGUUUAUCAAACCGGAAUUAAUUCUGUUGAAUUUCCCCAGACAGAAUUUGCUUUAGCUGUAUACAUUCACCCAUACCCAAACAACAUAUUAUCUGUGUGGGUCUAUUUGGCUUCCUUAGUUCAAUAUCAGUGA